AGUAUGCAAAUUUCUUUGAGUUAAGGAGAUUUUAAAUUCUGCCACAAGGGAAGUUAAAUUUCGGUCGCUUGACAUUGGCUUUUAAGUGUCGCGAUAUCAGAAGCAAAUAGCAUCUCGUGUAUGUUUUGGCCCGUAUGUUUUGGUCGUGGUAAUUAAACGAUGUCCUCAAAGGAUUUUCAUCAUGUCUUCGAUCGUGUGAAUAUGUGUGGAUGAGAGGAUAAUGUUGUACUUUUACAAUUGUCGUUAUGGAUGAGCAGGAUACCUCGACUGCCUUCUUGGAUGAGUGUGGUAAUAAAGACGAUGACAAAUGGAUAUGGGAAGGUUUUGUAGGGGAAGGUGAUGUUGGCUUUCCUAAACUAAAGACAAUCGAUGUUGCCCAAUUGUUGCAAACAAAGUCAGUUUAUGUCUCAGGUGGCGUGGACAAAUCUGGAUCUCCGCUCAUCAUCUUUCCACCUAACAAUGUAUUUGAGCACAUCAAUGACACCGACAUUGAGAAAAUCUUUCAUUAUUUGGUCCAAAGAUUUAGACCAGACGAAAGAAAGAAAGGAUUUACAGCUAUAGUGGAUCGCCGUUCCGAGAAAUGGGCUUCUGUAAAACUUGUUUUGAGUAGGUUGCAGAUUCUCUUCACCGCUACAAUUCAAAAUGUGUAUGUCAUUAAACCCCAAGGAUUUUUCCAAAAGUACUCUGAAAGUAGUUUUAAGUCAAGUUUGGCACAUAGCUUUGAGGUUAAAAUUUUAGAUGACGUCAGUAGUCUGUACGAACACGUGGAUAAGAAUCAGUUGACACCAUGUCUUGGCGGAACGUUAAACUACGAUCAUCAAGAGUGGGUUCAGCACAGAACUGCAAUUGAUAGAUUUGGUGAGACCUGCCGCUCAAUCGCAUCUCGUCUUGUAACUUUGAAACAAAUAUUUGAUAAAACAGACCUAUCCGUCUCGGACAGUCAGGAAACUGAGCAUGUUUUAGAUGUUCAUGGUCAGAUGUGGUUUGAUGUUAGAGAUGAUAUAAACAAUGCUCAGAUGAUUGGAAACACCCAACUUAAAUGCAUGAAGGGUGCGGAUUCUCCUGACAAGCAAACGUUUUCCUUAUUACCAAUUUCCGAAACAAGUGUGCAAGACCUUCAAGCAUUGGUAGAGAAAAUAUCUCGAGUAAGAGACAAAUUUGAGAAAGUCUGGGAAAACCACCAGAGUUGUGUUCUUCAAUCAUUGCAGUUUACAUUCUUUAAAAGAGAAUUUUUAGAUGUUAAAAAUCUGUUAAUGGAUACGCACGAUAAUCUGUCAAACAUGAAGGAACUUGGUGAUUCAGCUUCAUCCGCGGCUAAACUGAAGAAAGAUACGGAUAAUUUUAAAGAAGAGACCAAGGACGCAGUCUCAAAGCUGACAGAGUUGUGUGAAAGAGGCGAAGAGAUGAUUAAAAAUAAUCACCACUACUCACAGUCUAUUAGGGAAAAAUGUACCGAACUUGAAGACCUAAAUAAAGAUUUGAAUAAGAAACUAGAGCAGCGAAAACAAAAUUUGGAUAAAUCAAUUGAAGUACAUGAAUCUCUACAUCAGGUAGGCACGUGGUGUAACGCAGGAGUGGAUAUUCUGGCUUCGCAGCCACUGGACAGAUUUCAAUCAACCGAAGGAGCGGAAAAGGCAUUGAAGGAAAUCGAUGAAUUUUUGAAGAAACCUCAAGGUGUGAACUUGGGAAAACUUAACAGAAUGGAAAAGACAGCGAAAGAACUUGGGGAUGAGGUGUUAUUAGAGCAAGUUAGGAUGGCUUUAAAGCGUAUCAGCGAAGUCACCGAGAUGAUGAGUAACAGGGAAGCAAGCUUUAAAAAGAUGGUUACUAAGCGACCAGUUCAGCAGGUAGCUCCAGUACCACCUCCGUCUGUUCAAACCAGUCCACAAUUAAAACUCCCUUUACAACCAAAGAAAAAAGAAGGCACGAGUCCUUUACUUCAUCUAAAGAAAGAUAACAAAAGUCCUAAAUUAGCAAGCCCGACGAAUCAAAGACGGCCAAUAUCUAUCGUCAUUACUCCUGACUCUGGAAGUCCGAAUCUCUCUGCCCUGACACAAACCGAAGAACGUCCACGUUCUAGUUCUCUCAACAGUCCCCGCACAUCCAACAACAUCGAUGUCGAAGAUGACGAAGCAGUUUUAAAGAAAAGGGUUCAGGUUAUGAACGAGCUCGUGGAAACGGAAAGGGUUUACGUAAAUGACCUCCAGUGUGUGGUUGAAGGUUACAUGAAGGAAUAUCAAGAUGGGAGUCCUAAUCUGCCUCGCGAACUUCGUGGAAAGAAAGGCAUUAUAUUUGGUAAUAUUAAAGAGAUCUAUGUGUUCCAUCGAGAUAUAUUCCUCCGGGAGUUGGAGAUCUGCUUGGAUCAACCUCUGCUUGUUGGGCAAGUGUUUAUGGCCAAAGAAAACGAGUUUCAAAUGUACGCGUCGUAUUGUAAGAACAAACCAAGCUCCGAGGCUUUAAGAAAAGAGUGUGCUGAUGUACCGUUCUUUCAGGAAUGCCAGCAGAAACUCGGACAUCAGUUGCCGUUACACUCUUACCUCCUAAAGCCUAUACAAAGAAUUACUAAAUACCAGUUGAUCUUAAAACAAUUGAUUAAAUAUUCUCAAAAUUCACAAGAAAGCCUUACGAGUUUAGAGAACGCCCUUCAGGGUAUGAUGAAAGUUUUAAAGAACUUAAAUGACGUCAUGCAUUCGACAUAUAUUCGCGGAUUCCUCGGCAGCUUGAGUGAUCAAGGCAAGCUUUUGAUGCAGGAUAGUUUUGUCGUGUGGCAGUCAAACAGAAAGCAUGUCAUCAAUGUGAAUAUAGCACAUUUCAAAGGAAAACCAAGGCAGAUAUUUCUUUACGAAAAGAUGGUUGUGUUUACGAAACGCGACGACGAGGCAGCGAAGGAUACCGUGUACUAUCAGUGUAAAAUAUCCCUGAAGUUGAUUGAUAUUGGCCUCACUGAGACUGUCAAAGAAGAUCCUCUGAAGUUUGGGCUGUGGUUGCAAAACAAAUCAGAAUUUUAUACAUUACAGGCUCCAUCCGAGGAUGUGAAAAAAUGUUGGGUGCAAGAAAUCAGAAGAUUGUUGCAGUCUCAGUUCUCAAAAGUUAAAGAAUCCAGAUCUCACUCAACGAGUGCCAUACCAACCGAUUCACAGCAGCCUAUUACUCAAAUCGUGUCGCCUGGGUUCACAAAUAACAACACCGAGCAAUACGAGGUUCUUGAAAAUAAUUAUGAAGAAAAUGACGAUUAUGAUGAUGACGAUGAUGAGUGGUCUGACGAUAGUGAAUGGUCUAACGAGGAUGAACAACCAAACAAUGAUGAGAAAGAGCCAGAGGUAAUCUACACGGCGAUAGCGGACUAUACAACGUACGAGGAAUCAGAGCUCGGGUUUACCCAAGGAGAUCUAUUGCAAGUUCUCAAAGUGGGUGAUGGCGGGUGGUGGUAUGCGAGGUCACAGAGGACAUCUCAAGAAGGCUGGGUCCCGGGGAGUUACAUGGAAAUUCGGGAAGAUGUAAAUAGUAAAUAGUGAAUAGUUUGCAGUAAGUUUGCUGUACAGCAUCUGUCUAUUAGAUGGUGAGACUAGACUAAGGAGGGUAUGAUUAAUUUGCCGACAUGACGUCGUAAAUGGUAGAAAUGUGAAUGUAGUAUUGAAUGUUCCCUCCGAAUUUGUGGCAAUUUUAAUGUUAGACUCCUGACUGAGAGUAGUUAUUUAGUAGCAGGGUUGUUAGAUAACUGUAUAUUUGAGGCCAAACAACAUCACACUAGUUCUUUGUUUUCUUCAUCUUGGCCUUUUGUUUUCUUUGUUUUCUUUGUUUUCUGAUAGCACUAAUGACAAUGGACGACUUGCGCUUUAGACUAAUUAUUGGUCGAAGUGACUAGAAGAAAAUAUGUAACUAGAUACAAACUUCCGGCCGUAAUACAAAAGUAUACAAAAUUCGUGAGCUUCGCAUGGCUAUAUUCUCCAUAAUUUACAACAAUUCGCAGCCUGUUUUACUAAUUUUAGUAAGCUCUUUCAGAAAAUGUCCUUUUUUUUCGCAGAGGUAAGAUAUUAGUCUAAAGGCCUUGUUACACGGUGCAAUUUUCUUCCAACUUCCAAUGCAAUUCUACUCCUAAGAGAAUGUAAAUUAGUGAAGAGCC